GAAUGGGCAGGAGAGAACUCCUGCGAAGCGAAGGUGACGGAAAACUCGACGGUGGGCGACGGUAGGCUGUAGUAUCGUGGAUGUCGAUCCGACCCUUCGUCCGACGGUCACGAGAAGUGCGAGAAACGCGCAUUCGUCGGCGAACCGCGCGAAAAUGCGGUGAGAUCGGCUGGUGUGUAUCGUCAGCAUCGUCGCUGGUACCGCGUUCGUCAGCGCAGGAGGCGAGACCGUACGGCAUCUCGAAAGUAGCAAAGGAAAGAGAGAGAGAGAGGGAGAGACAGACGCGUGCCAUGUUACGGACGUGCUAAUGCAACGCGAGCCAGUGAUUCUCGGCGUCACGAGGUAGCGGAUGGAAGAAGAAAAAGGUUGUUACCGCGGCUCGAUGUGUAUUCAGUGAGCGUGAAGCCGCGUACGGUGACGUAAACGCGCGCACAGGCCGUCGUUAUCCGCUUUACAGCGAAAACCCGUCCUCGUCAACGACGGCAGGAUGACGAGGAAGCUCAGCAAGUUCCUGAUACUCUUCGACAAUACGAAUCUGCUGUAUUUUCCCGGGCACUUCUUAUCCGGUCGGGUUCUCAUAGAGCUGGACGAUGAGGCUUACGUCUCGGGACUGCAUUUUCACGUCGUCGGCGAAGGAGUGGUGCGGAUACGCAGUCAACGCGCCGAGAGAGUAUACGACAAGGAGAAUUACAUUGACUUUCGUAUGCGGCUGCUGGGCGAACCAGGCGAAGGACCGUCGCUACUGUCCCCUGGAAUACACAGCUUCCCCUUCAAAUUGGGUUUACCGUUGGGUCUGCCCUCCACCUUCCUCGGGAAACACGGAUGGGUGCAAUAUUUCUGUAAAGCCGCUCUCCGGGAGCCGGGCGGACUCACGCAUAAAAAUCAGCAGGUCUUUAUCGUCAUGAACCCGAUCGACCUGAAUCUGGAACCUCCGAUAUUAGCGCAACCUGCGAGACAAGAGAUUGAACAACGCGUAGGUGUCUCUUGUGUAUCGGGUGGCCCGGUAUUUUGCAGAGUCAGUUUGGAUCGAGGUGGAUACGUACCCGGGGAGACGAUCGGUAUUUCCGCGACCGUCAGCAAUCGCAGCAAGGUGACGAUGAAGUCUACUAAAGCGUCCCUCACCGAGACGAUACAAUACUUGUGUCGAGGUAAAGUGCUCGCUAGCGAGACUCGCGAGCUGGCUAGCGUGUCCAGGGGGAAAAUUCGGCCAGGCGAAGGUGAGGAAUGGUUAAACGAGCAAAUGUAUGUUCCUCCUCUGCCGCCGACUAAUCUGCGAGGAUGUCACUUAAUCAACGUUCUUUACCACGUUUAUUUCGUCAUAAGCCCGAAGAGUUUGGACAAAGAGAUCAAGCUGCAAAUACCGAUCGUACUAGCCACGUAUCCCUUGCGACCGGAGGGUGCACCGGCCGGCACAGCGCCGUCCAAACGAGGUGCCCAUUAUCCGUCGACGCUGCCCAUCUUCCGACCCUGGCUCGACGAUAAAGCUUUCGAGAUACAGGAGUGAAAAUCUAAACCCGAUAUCAAAA